AAUCUCGACGUCUUUGGACUUGACAAAACAAAAUAAGUAGACGGUUGCGCUUUUAUAGUAUUUUAAAAGCUGUAUUCGCACCGUGAUUCGCCCUCAAGCCGGAAGUGCUUCCGCUGCGUUUGCUAACAACAGUAAGCUGAAAGGAUCAGGACCCCCGUGUUUCAUCACUAAAUUCUGUCUGAAGGGCGUACUUUUUGUUUGUUUGGUGCCCCGGACAGAGAAAGCACUCUGAUGAAUGCAUUCCACAUAAAAAGCAACUCUAACGGCUACUUGUAUCUGCUUCAUGGGCGCGUGGACAUUUGCUGCCCGCUAAGCUAACAUGGCUACCAACCCUCCAGUACAAGGGUUUCAGAACAAGGCUCGGGUGGCCAUCCUGGCGGAGCUGGAUAAAGAAAAGAGGCGGCUGCUGCAGAACCAAUCCAUGAACAGCCCCGGCGCCAACAUCCCCCUCUCGUCCAGACCCAGCCUGAAGGAGGUGAGGGACAGUGCAGAGCAGCAGCACAUAGCCGCCCAGCAGAAGGCCGCCCUGCAGCACGCCCACGUCCACUCCUCCGGCUUCUUCAUCACCCAGGACUCCUCGUUUGGGAACCUCAUCCUCCCGGUGCUCCCAAGGCUGGAGCCCGACUUGUGACUCUGGACUAGGGUGACCAGACGUCCCCGUUUUGGAUGACCUGUCCUCCGGCUGAAAUUGUCCCCUAAAACGUCACAGAUUUUUAGCGUCUUAUGAAUGAGUAAAAAAAUGUUGCGCACAGACUUGAACAGCGGUUAUUACGAUAGAUGGUCGCGCUGCCAUUGACAUUACAGACAUGAUAGUUUAAAUGUAUGUCAAAAUCAAUGAGACCGUAAUUGUCACUGUCUCUUCAUUUUAUCUUGUUAACGUUUUAUUUUUAUGAUUUGUAUUCAUUGUUGACUUAAUAUUUAAAAGAGGCCACUUGUUGAAAUGGAUGGAAGACAUUUUUCUUUGUACACGACGUACUUACGUGCUAUAUUAUGUCAUACUACUAUAACACACAGUGAUACUGAGUGGUUUCUGGGUAUUUAGAUAAAUACAACUCAUGGGAACUGA